AAGGAAAAGAAAAAAACAAGAUUCCAUCAAAAUUAUAAUAAAGAGUGAAAUUAGAUUGGUGUAGAAAAUUAAAGAAACCCAAAACAAAAUUAACACCAACACAAAGCGAAAAGGCGUAAAAUCUCAAAAAGAUCUCAGUGACGGCAAUUUGUUAAAGAACGAAAGCUGCAAAGAAGCUCGUGUUUGAAAGCGCUUUCUGAAAAACAAACAAAAAGACUUGACCAUGAGCCAGUCAUUGCCCCACGCCCAGUAGCAGGAACCAGCCGGAGCCCUGUACAGACAAAGCAGAUCCUUGCCAUCCAAUCAAUAUGUUUGGUUUGCUGAGCAGCUCCCAAAUCUAUGGACUACAGCCCGCACCAAACGCAGCUGAUCAUCAAACUACAGAAGAGCCCUCGAAAAGCAACAGUCUGCCCCACAAGAAGGGUGCCACAGCUGCCACACAGCAUCGCAGAUCGACCAGCAGCCUCAGCGACACGGGGGGCAACUUCUUUUCUCACUUGAGUGGCAAGUCUCCAAGCCAGUUCAUCGAAAAGUUCAUCAAAAGCGAAUUGCUGAACGGCUACGACAAUCUCAAGUGCCACCAGAGUGGUGGAAAGUCCGCAGCAGCAACAUCCCCAACCGAGAGCCCGAGCAGCACUCCCCUGUACUCUAAUCUACAGACAUCUUCGGACUGGGGCGGCUUCAGUUGCCUCCAGGGGAGCUAUCGCAGUCACGGCGACGGCGAGUUCUAUGAGGCCGUGCAGGUUAAGACAUCAUCCACACAGCAACAGCAACAGCAACAGCCACAAACACAGCCACAGCCACAGUCGUGUGGCAGCAACGAAGUAAAUAUGCGUUCCAAGGGUACAUCCUCGACCAUCCUGCUGCAGCACUACCAGAAGCUGCCGGAACCCACUUUGGAGCCUGCAUUCAACACCCAAGCAGCUGGCCACACACCGGCCUACAAGAAACUGAGUUUUGGUUCACGUUUGCAGAAGCAAAUUGUCGAGCAGAACUCGGACAACUCGCAUACGUCCUCACGGAAUGCACGCAGCAGUGGCAGUGGCAGCGAGGUGCAACGCUCCUCUUCUGGUUCCAGUUCCUCGGGUGCGAUUCCUCCUGCUACAGCAGCGGUGUCCUCGCCCGAGCGAAUGCAGCGGAGACGUCUACUCCAGAUGAUCUCUAACUAUGAUCAGCAGAACAAACAACUGCAUCGGGAUCUGGCAAAGGAGAAGCGAAGGCGCACUGAGGAGCUGGCCUGCGUGGUAAAGUCCUUGAUUUGUUUCGAAUCGAAGCUAAAGAACGACAUGAAGGCCGUCAAUCAGCGACUGGUGGAGAGGGAUACAGAGAUCUGUCGCCUGAUGCGACAGAAUCGGGCACUGAGGAAACGUCUGGAGGACCAGCAGCCGGAUGAGGGCAUCGCAGAUCAGGACUCUGACGAAUGUUUGGUGCUGGAGGCUUUGCAAUGCCAGAAUUGCCGCAAGCAAUUCUAUGACAUUGAAGUGACAGCAAGCGGCACACAGACAUGCAGCAAAGAGUUGCAAGGCGUAGGCGGAAAGGCAGAGCCUGGCUCUUCCAGCGAUGACACCGUCUCAUCGUCGUUCUACGGCGCCAGACGCAGCGUUCGGUACACCAGCAAGCGCACGGCGGGCACUUUCCGGGACUAUAUGCGCUCGCGGGCCAUGCACAUCGAUGAUGCAGCCUUGGAGCAGCAGUCGGAGGAGAAUACCAGCAGCAUCUCACGCGAGGACUCCCAGACGAGCUACGAACAGCUGCACAACUAUUCGAGGGCCAUGGAGCGCAUGCACGGGGUAAAACCCGCCUCGAUGGAGGAUGGGGAAUACUCCGAGCAGAGCAGCCUGGAGCUGGAGCAGCAGCAGCAGCAAAGGAGACGGAACAGCUCUUCGAGUCGCAGCAGCAACAGCAACAGCCGCAGCAGCAAGACAACGACGCCACAACUGUUGGAAGAGGAUGAUGGCAUCUUCUCGCCCACCCAAGACGACGAGGACUUCGAUGAACUGGACCCCGAGCAGGAGCAGCAAAUGAUGUCACGCGGAGCCCUCAAAAUCGUACAGCGACGGUGUGCCGACUUUUCGGAGGCCUCGCCCAAGCAGAUCUAUGAAACGACCACCGAUGAUUGGUAUGCCAGUGCCUCGGACCAAGAGGAGACAGCCUCCACGGCCCGGGUAUCGACUGUCAAGCAGCCCUAUGGCCAUGGUGCCGUCAAUCCAGUUCUGGAAUGCGUCAAUCAGAUCCUUCUGCAGCAAUCCAUGGAGGAGACCCUGCGGGAGCCCACGCCGAAGUCCGCGAUGGCUGGAGCUGCCUCCAAUCUGCCACGCAGAAGCUCCCUCAGCGGCAGAAGCGUCUCGAAUGGCCGCAAACGUGUUCACUUUUCCACCAAGAACAGCAUGGUGCAUGUGCCACGCCACGACGACCACGAAGAGGAGGAACACGAGCAGGAGGAGCAGGAGUCUCAUCCAAUGUCUGCCUCAAUGAUCUCACACUAUCAUCCCAUGACCUCUGCCUACGAGAGCAUCUACAGCAAUGAAUAUGAGCCUAUUGGCUCUGAGCGCGCCUCCAAUUUAUAUGUCGAUAUGGCGGCUGCAGCUGACACAGGAGCCGGAGAGUCUGCUUCCUCCGGCAAUGCCUCGAAACAGCUGCCACUGCAGAAACUGCCACCUGCCCUGCCGCCCAAGCCUGCCAAUCUGUUGAAAUUCAAGAAAUCCCUGCACCAACUGGAGGAAAGCCUCGAGGAUGAGGCAGCGCUUCGCGAAGAUGAUUGUACCACAGUCUCGGAGCCGGAUUACUGCUCCAUUUCGGAGGUGGGCAUGAGUGCCAGUGUGCGUGUGCAGAUUGUGGCCGAUGUACACAAGGCUCCGGAAUGCGCCACCACCCCUCCAGCAGUGGAACGGGCACAGAUGGUGGACCCCGAGGUGGACUCAGAUGACAAUCAAUCGUACAAGACUGAGGAAAUCGAAGAGAUUUUCGCCGAUAUACCAAAGCUACCCAAUGUUGCGGCCAUUAUAGCGCCCAAGCAAUCCGCCUCCGAGUAUCUGAUGAUGACCCCCAAGAGGCAGGAGCUGCAGCUGCAGUUGCCCCUGCAGCCCUCUCCUCUGCAGUCGCAAUAUAAACGGAAGCAUGUGCCCAACAUUCUGGCGGAGAUUAACAAACGAAUGAGUCUGCCGAGCUCUCCAACGACUCCAACAACGCCCAAGAGCCUCCACAACAGCACGCCCGUGUCCAAGUCUCUGCUCCAACUGGCAGACGCCGCCAGCGAUCUUCCCCUGCAGGCAGAAUUCGAUUGGUAUAAUCUCGAUGCGGAGUACGAACGGAGUCAGGAGGUGACUUCGACGUCGAAAAGUCCCCAAACCGAGGGCAUGCUGGAGGAGAUAAGCGAGGAUAAUGAAUGCCUGAUCAAUGCCGACGCGGAUGAGUACAAUCUGGAUGAGGAGUACGAGCAGGAGGAGGACUACCACCAAGAAGAGGAUCUCCGAAUGCAGCCUGAAAUGGAGGAGGAGCAGGAGGAGGGAUCCCUGCCACAGUUGGAGCCACAGCCACAGCUACAUCUCUCGCCCGCCAAGGCCACGCAAAUGAAAAAGAAUUUGGCCAGUUUUGAAAAGUUCAUCGAGGGUUCUGGGCUCAGCACGAAACCAUUGCCCAGCAAGCGUAAAAUCUACUUCAAUGCGCCCUUUGUCUAAGAGGAAACAAAUAAAGACAUGGAAACGAAUUUUAUUUUAAUUUGAGAGAGAGAGAGAGAGAGAGAGAGAGAGAUAGAGAGAGUUUUGUUUAGUUCUUAAGUUUGGCAAAAAGUAUUAAAUGUUUUCCCCCAAUAAAAAGGCAACGAAACUUAUUAAAAA